AAAAGGAUGCGACCAAUCUAAGUGUUUGGAGUGAAAAGGAUUUUUUGGCUUUAAAAGAUACCUUGAAUCAAUUUAUUGAACAUAUACGAUUCUACGAAAUUUUCACAAAAGAAUUUCAUAGUUAUAUUUGGCCUUUUAGGAAAGUAUUGCCUGAAGCAAUUUUCGAAGAUAUUGUGUUAUUUUAUAUGGCUCAUACUAAACCUAAACAAGAACUGGUUCCUCGUCAUGGAAAGAUUGUC